AUGGGGAUGAAGGGGGUGAAGAAGGGUAUGGGGAUGAAGGGGGUGAAGAAGGGUAUGGGGAGAAGGGCAUGGGGAGAGAGAGGAGAGAGUAGACAACAAACAACAAACAUAUGUUACAUACAUACUUCUUCGUUUCUGGAUACGGCUCUGUGAACCCUCUCUCCCCGUUGAUUCAUCCGGUUCUGGUUCUGGCUCUGGCUCUGGCUCUGGCUCUUCAAGAGAUCAUGAUAUUGUGCAUGGGGUUGAAGCAUGGGGUUAAAGCAUGGAAUGGAAGCAUUGUGGACCGGAAGAGAUGGACUGGCAGAGAGGAGGGAAUGUGUCUGUACUUACCCACCGUUCGAGUUACUACCAAGUAGGUGGUAGCUGGAUCAUCAGCGAAUGAAUGCAUAUGGAAUAGGGAGUUGGGAUAUCGUGUCUUGGAGAUUAGAUGCUGAUACAUAAGUAACCACGAGUUCGGAGUAAGUGGAGCCGUGGGGAGAGGGGGGGGGUGGCGGGCGGCGGGUGAGCGGGUUUAGCACAGCCGCCGUGAGCCCGGGUGCGG